UCUCUCGUGAAGGUUGGCCGUGCUGUUGUAGAGUUGGGAGGAGGUGACGGCGCUGCUGUUUCUCGGGCUGAGGGGGAACUUCACGGCGGUUACGGGUGUGGCUUCAAACGUGAGAAAUCUCAACGCGGGGUAAAGAAUGCGUAAAGGCAGUACAGAUUAAAAACAACAACGACGACAAAAAGCUUUAAAGCUGGAAGGAUAGGUAUCACCUGAAGAGCGAGUACGCGACUGUGUGGCAGCGGGAAUCCGUAUGCUCGGUUUUCAACAGCUGGAGUACUUUUUCUUCUUCUGCUGAACUUCGUGGCCCGUUUUUCGUGAGUUUAACCUGAUGUUCUGCUGUAGGAGAAUUUAUUAAAAGUCUACAAUCCCUGAAAAGUUGCUCAAGCUUUUUUCAGCUUUUUUUUCAACUUCUCCACGCUCAGAAAGAAAAAAAAGAAACACCAAUGCUGGCUCAGUGACUGAACAACCAACCAGUCUUAAGGAAUUUCUUAGAGUAGAAAUCCAAGUUCAGACCGCGAAAGGAAAUCGUUUGUUUUUUUUUUUUUUCCAUGAUAUUCGCUCCCUCUCGCGGAUGAACGGACUCCGUCACGUUUGUCGCCACUCAUCAAAAAAGGGAAGUCGCCUCACUCAACUUCAACCCUUGUUUUUUAAUAAGGGCUUUGGGACACAGCCGUGAAUAAUCUUUUUUUCCCAGGUGAUAUUUUCCCCACUAAACAGCAGUCCUGAAGCGCGCACUGGGAAACAUGGGUUGUACAGUCAGUCAGGAAGACAAAGCCGCGGCCGAGAGGUCUAAAAUGAUUGAUAAAAACCUGAGAGAAGAUGGAGAGAAGGCGGCCAGAGAAGUGAAACUGCUGCUGCUGGGUGCUGGAGAGUCAGGGAAGAGCACCAUUGUGAAGCAGAUGAAGAUUAUCCAUGAGGAUGGAUACUCAGAGGAUGAGUGCAAGCAGUACAGAGCAGUUGUCUACAGCAACACAAUCCAGUCCAUCAUGGCCAUUAUCAAAGCCAUGGCCAACCUCAAGAUCGACUACGAGGAAGCUGCUAGAGCGGAUGAUGCCCGCCAGCUGUUUGCCCUGUCAGCAGCAGCAGAGGAGCAGGGCAUCCUGCCAGAGGACCUGUCCAAUGUCAUCCAACGGCUGUGGGCCGACGGCGGCGUCCAGAGCUGUUUCACACGGGCCCGAGAGUACCAGCUCAAUGACUCUGCAGCCUACUACCUGAAUGACUUGGAGAGGAUAGCGAAGCCAGACUACAUCCCCACACAGCAAGACGUGCUGCGAACUCGAGUCAAGACCACCGGCAUUGUGGAAACACAUUUCACCUUCAAAGACCUGCAUUUCAAGAUGUUUGAUGUUGGCGGCCAGCGGUCAGAAAGGAAGAAGUGGAUCCACUGCUUUGAGGGAGUCACAGCCAUCAUCUUCUGUGUAGCCAUGAGCGCUUACGACCUGGUCCUGGCUGAGGAUGAGGAGAUGAACCGGAUGCACGAGAGCAUGAAGCUGUUUGACUCCAUCUGCAACAACAAGUGGUUCACAGAGACGUCCAUCAUCCUGUUCCUCAACAAGAAGGACCUGUUUGAGGAGAAGAUCGCCCACAGCCCUCUGACCAUCUGCUUCCCUGAGUACACUGGCCCUAACAAGUACGAGGAGGCCCAGGCUUACAUCCAGACCAAAUUCGAGGACCUGAACAAGAAGAAGGACACCAAGGAAAUCUACACCCACUUCACCUGCGCCACCGACACCAAGAACGUGCAGUUUGUGUUCGACGCCGUCACUGACGUCAUCAUCAAGAACAACCUGAAGGAUUGUGGCCUCUUCUAAAAGAUGAGAGAGAGAGUCAAGAUUACUUGAACAGCUCCGAUGACCAUAUAGAUGGCGGAAUAUACACACAUCAUGAAUGACUGCACUGGCCAACCACGAUUUCUGCUUUGAUCUGCUUUUUAUAAAGACACCUAAGAGACUGAGAACCCGACGAGCCUCGCAGAAUUUCAAUGAUUGCUGUUCCAGUUGCUCGUAUUGUUAACUCUCUUUGGGCUAUGACCACAAAAAUCAACAUUUAUUAUUGUAUUUUUGUUCUUUUUUUUUUUUUCUUCUUUAUUUUCAAUUACUAAAGGAAGCAAAGGAAAACUUUUUUAUAUAAAUGCAUUCAUUUUACUUUUAGAAAGUCUGAUGUGCAAAUUAUUAAACUUUUAAUCACAUGAAGCUUAUUUUUUAAAGAGAUGAAGCACAGGCAUGGACAUAAAAUAUGAUUGAUAAAGGAAAGUGCUUUUUUUUUUUUUUUUUUAAUAAUGUUUACAUAAGUUCAUCAUUCAUAGCCAAACAGUUUAUUGUUCUGCAUGACUCAACAUGGCAAAUAUUAGCUCUGCACAAAUUACCUAACAUUCCUAUAAAAUGAAAAUAAAAAAUAUUAAAAAGUUUUAAAAAAAGGAAAAAAAAAAUGGCUUCACAUGCAGGCAGAAAUUAUGGCAAAAUUCUAACUGAUAUUUAAAGUUUGUGUGUACCUAACAUUCUAUCACUUUUUUAUAGUAUCAUUUCCAUGUCUGUUGCUGUAUGUUUGUGCCUUGACCUCUGUUUACAAUCAAUUCCUAGAUAUGCUUUCAGUACUGUUUGACCUACUGUGCGCCGAUAUUUUUUCUUCCAUUUUUCUGCCUAGCACCCUAUGAAUAUAUAGUGAUUAUUAAUGAGAGACGAAAAUCUAAUUCAGACAAAAAGGUUAGUGUUUUUGGUAAAUAUUAAAAUGCUUUAAAGUCCUAUAUGAUUUAAUUUAAAUAAAAGUAGAGAUCACCUGA